AUGCCAAUUAUUCGAAAUCCAUUCGCAAGGAAACAGGAUGCUGGGUUGCAGCCGUCUCAAGACCAAACUGUAUCUCCCCGCCCUUCCUUCGAACGAGUUUCUACACAAGCUUCUCGAGCAUCUUCGAUGAGUAUCAAAACGGCGAAGAGCGAAGAACCUCCGGAGUAUAAAAUGAGUGUUGUAAAUGAUAGUGGCGUGUAUCUACCUCCGUCCCCGCCUGAAAAGAAGAGUUUCUGGCCUCGCAGCAAGAGCAAUCUUUCUGCAACCUCAAUCAAUACCCGAACGACCUCAAAUGAUGCGAUUGAUCCUUUCCCAAUUUCAAGAGAGUCGUUUGAUUCAUACAGAAGAUCAUUUGAUAUCUCCGCUAGAUCGCCCAUAAGCCCCAUCGAUGGACACGCUGGACGACAAAGUCUUGAUUCAGCAAGACUACCUCGAAUGCAGCGAUCUGCUAUUGGUGAUAGACGAUUCGAUAGACAGCCACCAACGGCCGAAGAAGGAUUCGAAGAUGUAGGGCUAAAUGAUAGCGCCAAUGACCCUGCCAAACAGGUCAAAAAGAAGGGGUUCUUUUCGAAAUUCGGCGAUGAAGCACUCCCAUCGUUCCAUAUGCCAGGUAGAAAGCGUGGUCAAAGUGGGACAGGAGAAGAACUCGGGAAUAUCCCGAAGCCAAACAGCACGACUCCAAAGGUAGAGAUAGAUGAGGUUCGCUAG